UGUUCUUCAUCGAUUUGCACUGUGUUGUUUCUCUCUCGAUGAAUUCCUCCCAAGCAAGCUUCUUCGACUUCCCUCUAACACCAAUCGUCUGGUCUCGUUUCUAAUUGUAAGUCUUCUUCCUUCUCUAAGUUUUGUUUCAGUGUCAAUGUAGAUCUUCUUAGGUGGAAUCAAGUAAAAGAGAUUGAUAAACCCUAAUUGUUCCGUUCUAUCGUUAAAACUUUCCUAGAUUAGUCGGGGUUAGGAAACGAAGUCUAGCUAUGAAACCGUUGCAUCGAAUUUUGUCAUAGAUAUGAUAAUUUCCGGUUCGCACAUCAGAACCGGCCCUGUAUGCAAGUAGCUUGAGGUUCUGUUAUAAUUUGUUGAAGGGAGAGAACUUUGAAGCUAAUGGGGAAGAUAAUGGAAUGGGCAGCAAGAUCUGAUCAUUUGGGAGGAAUUCCAAGGAAUACUGUGAUAAUGGCUGUUAGUGCAUUUGCAAAAGCAGUAGCAAAUCUUUGCAAUAAAAGCUCAGUUCACAAUGCAGAUACUCUUAUGAAUCUUGUCCAGUCAAGACCACCUGGUGUUCCUCUCAUCACUGUUAGUAAUCACAUGUCGACUUUGGAUGAUCCAGUAAUGUGGGGGGCAUUUAAGGGUCUCCUUUCCUUAGAUCCAGAAUUGGCUCGGUGGGUUCUUGCUGCAGAGGAUAUAUGUUUCAGGAACCCUAUAUUCUCCUACAUUUUCCGCACUGGAAAAUGUAUACCUAUAACUAGAGGUGGUGGAAUCUACCAAGAAAACAUGAAUGAAGCUCUCCAGCGAUUAAAAGAUGGAUCUUGGCUGCAUACCUUCCCAGAGGGAAAGGUGUUUCAAGAUGAUGUUCCUAUAAGACGACUUAAAUGGGGAACUGCAAGCCUCAUCGCCCGUUCCCCAGUUACCCCAAUCGUUUUGCCAAUAAUUCACCGUGGUUUUGAGGAGAUGAUGCCGGAGAACUACAAUAAUGGACGAAGACCACUGGUACCGUUGCCGAACAAACACCUUAAAGUUGUGGUUGGUGAACCAAUUGAGUUUGAUGUUCCAAUGAUGGUUGAGACUGCUGUCUUGGACUCCCGCCAUGUAACCCCUCCUCUUCAAGAAGUGAAAUGGCCUGUCCUCACUUCUGCUGGCCAAGUGCUAGACGAAACUGCUCAGAGACACCUCUACAUAGCUCUGUCCGAGAAGAUUCAAUCCUCCUUGGAAACAUUGAGACUCUUAGCCAAGCGGUUGUGACUUCCGCCGGGAAACUUCAUAUCAAAAUCCGGUUCACAACUUUUAAAGUUCCGGUUUAGAUUCGCCAUGGUAAUCAAAUAUUAUCUUUAUUCAAUUUCCUGAAGCUGAGAAAAAAUUAUAUAACUAUGAAAAUUUAAUAACUCGCAUUUUAAAUUAUUUUAUCGACUAGGAUAUAUAGCAACCCGCAAUAAUGUAUGUUGUUGAAAUGUUAUAUCUUAUCAAUAUCUUAUGAUUAUAGCA